CCACCCCCCCCACCCAACCCAACCCCCCCCCCCCCCCCCCACCCACCACCACCCACCCCCCCCCCACCCCCCCCCAAACCCACCCCCCCCAAACACAAAACACCCCACACCCACCCCCCCCAACCCCCCACCCCCCCCCCCCCACCAACACCCCCACCAACCCCCCCCCCCCCCCCACCCCCCCCCCCCCCCCCCCCCCCCCCCCCACCACCACCACCCCCCCCCCCCAACCCCCCCCCCCCACCACCCCCCCACCCCCCCCCCCCCCCCCCCCCCACCCACCACCACCCCCCACCCCCCCCACCCCCACCCCCCCCCCCCCCCCCCCCCCACCCCCCCCCACCCACCCCCCCCCCACCCCCCCCACCCCCCCACAGCCACCCCCCCCCCCCCCCACCCCCCCCACCCGCCCCCCCACCCCCCCCCAAACCACACACCCCCCCCCCCCCCCCCACCACCCACCCCCACCACCCAACACCACCCCCCCACCCCCCAACCAAAACCCCCCACCACCCCACACACCCACCCCCCCCCCCCCCACCCCCCCCCCCCACACCAACCCCACCACCACCCCCCCAACACCCCCCCCCACCACCACCCCCCACCCCACACCCCCCACCCCAAAACCAACCCCCCCCCCCACCACCCCACCCCCCACCCCCCACACCCCCCCAAAACCCACCCACCCCACCCCCCCCCCCCCCACCACCCCCAACACCCCACCCCCACACACCACCCCCCACCCCACCCCCCCCCCCACCCCCCCCCCCCCCCCCCACACCCCCCCACCAAACCCCCCCCCAACCCCCCCCCCAACCACCCCCCCCAACACCACAACCCCCCACCCCCCCCAAACCCCCACCCCCCCAACCCCCCCCACCACCCCCCACACCCCCCCCACCCCCCCCACCCCAACCCCCCCACCCCCCCCCACCACCCCCCCCCCCCCCCCCGCCACCCCCCCCCCCACCCCCCCCCACCCCACCACCCCACCCCCCCCCACCCCCCCCCCCCACCCCCCCCCCCCCACCCCCCACAACCCACCACCCCCACACCCCCCCCACAAACCACCCCCCCAAGCCCCCCCAACACCCCCCCCCACCCCACCCCCCCACCCCACCACCCCCCCCCCCCCCCCCCCCCCCACCCACCCCCCCCCCCCCCCCCCCCCCCCCCCCCCCACCCCCAACACCACCCCAAACAACCCCCCCCACCCCACCCCCCCCCCCACCACCCCCAACCACCACCCCCCACCCCCCCCCCCCCACAACCACACCACCCCCCCCACCAAACACCCCCCCACCCACCCCCCCCCCCCCACCCCACCCCACCACCAAACCCCCCCCCCCCCCCCCCCCCCCCCCCCACACCCCACCCCCCCCCCCCCCCCCCCCACCCCCCCCCCCCCCCAACACCCCCCCACCCCCCCCACCCCCCCCCCCCCCCCCACCCCCCCCCCAAACCCCCCCACCACCAACCCCCCCCCCCAACCCCCCCACCCCCCCCCCCCACCCCCCCCCACCCCCCCCCCCCCCCCCCCCCCCCAAACCCCCCCCCCCCCCCCCAACCCCACCCCCCACCCCCACCCCCCACCCGCCACCCCCCCCCCCACCCCCCCCCCCCCCCCAACCACCCAGCCCCCCCCCACCCCCCCACACCCCCCCCCCCCCCCCCCCCCCACCACCGACCCCCCCCCCCCCCACCCCCAAACCCCCCCCCCCCCCCCCCCAACCCCCACCCAACCCUAUCCUGCCACCAGCCUCUGUGUAA